UUGCCUUCGUUCGCUUGCUCGCUGUUGCAAGUAUCAAAUGACGUUCGGAAUCGUUAGAAGAUAGCUGGGAUUGCUUGGUUGGCUGAUUUUGUGAUUCUUUGGUGCAUUGAACGCGGCGACUACGUAAUAGUGCCUUUUGUUUAUCUAGUUGCAGCGCUGGAUUCCUAAAACGCUAUUGUGAAGCCCUGAAGGUUUUGGAGAUUGUGAGGUUACUGAUCUUAUUGCAGCUUUUGCAAACUCCACCUUUAAGCGCAUUUUGAGAGUUAUAACGAUAUUCAAAGCACCUGCUAUAAAAGUACAAGUCCUUCCGUAAGAGUGUAUACAUUGGAGUGAGUGAAAGAUUGCGCGUUGUGUGAACGUCGUUUCCGUUCAAACUCUGUGACAUACUUGCAUACCUAAACUAACGUAAAACUCAGGCGAAUCUUAGCAAGCGUUAAACUCUAUUUUGGUAGUGAAAGAUGGAAAUCGAAACCGCCCAACGAAAUGGAAAUGUGGACUCGCGCGAGAGCUCCGUGGACCGCGAACUCAACGAGGACGUACAGGCUGUUGAGCUAAAUGGCUCGUCUGGAUCACCGAAAGGCAUGAAUGGGCACAUGAAGAAGCCCUUGCCCGUUGGAGAUGGUCAUGAUCGCAUCAAGCGGCGUGCCAAGCGUCUCAUACACAGACAAAAUAGUCGUGGCGAGACGAAUGGCGCUGCCAGUGCAGCACUCGCUGCUGCCGUUAAUGGCAGCGCUGGCGGCUAUGUGGUGCCACAUCGUCGCUGGAAGAAUAGUCGUCGGUCGCGCAACGGCUACGGACGCGGCUUGCCGAAGAAAGGCGGCGCUGGUGGUAAGGGUGUUUGGGGCUUGCUUGGUUCGGAGGCGCUCGAAGAAGUGUAUGAGGAUGAGAAUGAUCCCAACUACGAUAGCGAAUGUAAUGAUAAGAAUAUCGAGUUGCGCGAAGUUAUUCCGGAGUUGACACCGGAAGAAUUCUUCAAAUUAGCUGAACCAAUUGUAUUGGAGUAUUAUGAGCACGGUGAUACCCAUGAGGUGGCUGUGAGCUUUGACGAGAUACUUACCGGUCCGCUGCGACCAUACGUGACAAGCGUUGUGGUUGAGAUCUCAAUGGAUCAUAAGGAUUCGCAGCGUGAAAUGACAUCGGUAUUGAUAUCCGAUUUGUAUGGACGCGUCAUAACCGCGAAGGAUAUCGAAAAAGGUUUCGAAAUUUUGCUGGAUAAUUUGCCAGACUUGACACUGGACACUCCGGAGGCGCCUACCAUACUAGGCAAUUUCCUAGCACGUGCUGUCGCCGAUGACUGUCUCCCACCCAAAUUCGUCACAAAGCCGACCGAUCUCGAUGCGCAGAGUCAACAUGCUGCCGCUGCUAUACGUCGCGCUGACACCUUAAUGCACAUGAAGCAGGGCUGGGCACAUUUGGACAAUGUUUGGGGUAUGGGCGGGCCGUUGCGACCAGUCAAGACCAUCACCAAGGAGAUGACAUUGCUAUUGAAGGAGUAUUUGUCAUCACGCGACAUACAAGAGGCACAUCGCUGUCUACGCGCACUCGAAGUACCACAUUUCCAUCAUGAAUUGGUGUAUGAAGCCAUUGUCAUGACUCUCGAAUCGCUCAGCCAGAAUACGGAGGAGGCCAUGUGUGAGCUACUCAAGUCGUUGGAUAAGGCAUGCUUGGUAUUGCCAGCCGGCAUGGAGCAG